UCUCAAUCCAUGAGGACUUAAAAUAGAUGCUUGGAAAUCAUGCAGGACAACUUCGGUAGGCUACAUGCAAGAGGCAAAGACAUUCACAAGGCAAUGAAGCAACUUACUCGACUUUUCCCAAACAAAGUGACCAUUCAGCUGCCACAAGAGGAUGAAGCUUUACUCUUGGAUUGGAAACAGAAAUUGGAUCAUGACGUUGAAACUCUGAAAGCACAGUCAAACAUUGUUAGCAUUCGCUCAGUUCUAAAUGAAAAUGGAUUGAAGUGCCCUGACCUUGAAACAAUUUGCAUAAAAGAUCAGGCCCUCACAAGUGAAAAUGUGGGAAAGGUAGUUGGUUGGGCAUUAAGUUAUCACCUCAUGCAUAGCACUGAAGCUCUGACCAAAGAUUCUAAACUUUUAAUUUCCAGUGAAAGCAUUAGGUAUGGGCUCAACGUUCUCCAUGGUAUACUAAAUGAGUCUAAGAGCUCGAAGAAAUCACUCAAGGAUGUGGUCACUGAGAAUGAAUUUGAAAAAAGACUUCUUGCCGAUGUUAUCCCAGCAGAUGAUAUUGGAGUCACUUUCUAUGAUAUUGGAGCAUUGGAAAAUGUAAAGGACACAUUGCAGGAAUUGGUGAUGCUUCCUUUGCAAAGGCCAGAAUUGUUUUGCAAAGGACAGCUAACAAAGCCUUGCAAGGGAAUACUGCUGUUUGGACCUCCUGGUACAGGAAAAACAAUGCUUGCAAAAGCUGUUGCGACAGAGGCAGGUGCGAACUUUAUCAACAUAUCAAUGUCAAGUAUAACUUCAAAGUGGUUUGGUGAAGGAGAAAAGUAUGUGAAAGCAGUGUUCUCUCUAGCCAGUAAAAUUGCCCCUAGUGUUGUUUUUGUCGAUGAGGUUGAUAGCAUGUUAGGAAGACGUGAAAAUCCAGGAGAGCAUGAAGCUAUGCGGAAAAUGAAAAAUGAGUUCAUGGUAAAUUGGGAUGGUUUGCGUACAAAGGACAAAGAACGUGUAUUGGUACUUGCUGCAACUAAUAGGCCUUUUGACCUUGAUGAGGCUGUUAUAAGGAGGCUCCCUCGCAGGUUGAUGGUAAACUUGCCUGAUGCCCCCAAUAGAGAAAAAAUUCUGAGAGUUAUAUUAGCAAAAGAAGAAAUGGCUCCUGAUGUUGAUUUCGCAGCAAUUGCAAAUAUGACUGAUGGAUAUUCUGGGAGUGACCUAAAGAACUUAUGUGUUGCGGCAGCACACUGUUCCAUCAGGGAAAUUCUAGAUAAAGAAAAGAAGGAGAAAGCUUUAGCAUUGGAAGAGAACAGUCCUCUCCCUGCACUUCAUGGCAGUACAGACAUUCGUCCUUUGAACAUGAAGGAUCUGAUAUACGCACAUGAGCAGGUAUGUGCCAGUGUAUCAUCAGAGUCUGCAAAUAUGAACGAGCUUCUCCAGUGGAAUGAGUUGUAUGGUGAAGGUGGGUCAAGGAAGAAGAUACAACUCAGCUAUUUCAUGUAGAGGAGCUAUACUAUUUGUACAGUCCAUUUUUUUUUUCCAUUUUAAUAUCUCGCAAGAUUAGGCGCUGAUACUGAUAGGUACUCCAUCACAGGGUUCCAUGUAUUAUAUGAUUGAUGUUUUACUGCCCUAAUAUCCAUAAGAUUUUUUACUUGCAUUGGAAGCCAGUGGCCUAACUGUACCUUUCUUUUAGGCUCCUGCUUUUUUUUUUCAGUUGUACUUGAAAAACAAUUCAAUGAAUGGAAUAAUCAUCUUCGUAUUUCUA